GGGGAAGGUAAGAGAGAGAGGAGCAGAACGAAAGAAACCUGAAAGCACUUGGAAAAAGCAUGUACCUAACCUUCCAGAUAUCUACUGUUACAUACGUCUUGAUUUAGAGAGAGAAGCGGACACUGUACCAGAGAGGACAUUCUAUUUCACCAAUAUCAAGUAACUUAUAAAUUCCUUCAUAUAUUAUCUCUAUAACAUCUCUAUGUAUAUAGUUAACAGAAUUUAUUUUAUAUGUGAAAGGUGAACUACACAAGUGAGAAACACUUGAAAAACACUAAAUUAAAAAGUUGUAAAUAUUAUUUUAAUCUAGAAAAAAAUUAAACUUUUUUUACAUUUAUUAUUUUUCUUGAAUAAUGAUAGGUCAUUAUAUAAUAAGCAAAAAAAACUAAGUGAUCAACUGUUGAAGAAAAAUUAAUAUUUUUUUAAUAGGUUUAGAGAUGAAAACGGAAAUAUUGUUUAAUUUACAAAGCAGGUCACUUGGCAUUGCCCACCAUAGACCAGAUGAGCCUUAGAUGUGAGUCACAUGACAAAACAGAAUCUUGGUGGGGGACGGGACGGACAUGUUCUAUGUCAUUUAUUCUUAGUAGUCUCUGGGUCUGAACUAAAAACUGGGUCUGAUGCUAAAUCCAGUAGGAUUCCAUUGGUUGGAACACAUAUGUCAUACCAAGCACAUUGGUAGCUACUACCAAUAAAUAUUGUACUAUAGUGGUACUCACUUCCCCCUGGCUUAUGGAAACUGCACUGGGAAAAGUAUAUGGACGUGUUGUAGAAUGGGGAAAAUGUCAGAUUAAUCAAUAAUUAUCUCUGAGCAUUGGCAAUAUGCAGUGCAGAAUAUGAGGGGUAUUGCCCUUUGGAUUUUAACAGAUCGUUAUUUAUCUGCUACCUCGUUAGGUGCAUUUAUACUGUAAAUAUACAGAGAAGGUUCUCCAUAAUAUGCAUAUAGAGUGUUGCACUCAUAGUAAUCAAAAGGUAAACUAGUUAAAGGGAGACAGUUACAGAUCAAAUGAGUUUUCAAAACCACAAGUCCUACCUGACACACCUGUUACAUUAUAUGAAAGCUAUCAGUCAGAGGCUGCGAUAUGUUGCUCACGAGCAAGCGAAAAACUGUAAAAACAAAAUAUUUGAAGUGUGUUUCAUGAGAGAGCAAAAAGGGGUCAUUCUGUACUUCUGUACUCAGGAGAUAUAUAUGAGCACAAUUUAGUGUUUUUUAUUAAAGCAGUACAUAUCAAGUUUACAAAAUAAACUGCUAAAUUGCAAUGUGCAUGUAAAAAAAAGUGAAAAUAAAAUAUCAUAAAAUUUGAAAGAAAUUGUCACUAAAAUAGCUGUAUAAUAAGUCUCAAAAUAUACCAUGGAACAUUAACUGUGGUGUCUACUUUCACAAAUAGUAUGCGUUGCAAACUGCUACAAUGCUCCAAAAUGCAGAAUAGGCGCGUCAAAUCCAUCUACCAAAAUUCUAACUUUAAACACUGAAAUAGUCAGGUCUUUUUAAAGGGACACUAUAGUCACAAAAACAACUUUUGGUGUAUAGAUCAUGCCCCUGCAGUCUCUCUGCUCAAUUCUCUGCCAUUUCGGAGUUAAAUCACUUUGUUUAUGGACCCUAGUCACAGCUCCCUGCAUGUGACUUGCACAGCCUCCCUUAACACUUCCUGUAAAGUGUCAUCUACAAUUUAUCCUUCCUUUAUUGCAAGUUCUGUUUAAUUUAGAUUUUCUUAUCCCCUGCUAUGUUAAUCGCUUGCUAGACCCUGCAAGAGCCUCCAGUAUGUGAUUAAAGUUUAAUUUACAGAGAAAGAGAUACACUUGUUUAAGGUAAAUUACAUCUGAUUGAAAGUGAAACCAUUUUUUUUUUUUUUAUGCAGGCUGUGUCAAUCAUAGCCCGGGGAGGUGUGGCAAGGGCUGCAUAAACAGAAACACAGUGAUUUAACUCCUAAAUGGCAGUGAAUUGAGCAGCAAACCUGAGAGGCAUGAUCUAUACACUAAAACUGCUUUAAGUUUGGUUAAGCUAAAGUUGUUUAGGUGACUAUAGUGUUCCUUUAACCCCUUAAGGACCAAACUUCUGGAAUAAAAGGGAAUCAUGACAUGUCACACAUCAUGUGUCCUUAAGGGCUUAAGUAAGUGUCACAGAUAUACAUUGGGGAUUUUGUUUUACUCAGAAGAGUUUGCUUAGCAAAAUUUGGGGUAGAGGGGAGGUUAUCACUCUGGCACAAAUCAGAUUUCCAAAAUACCUAGUGUAUGUGUAAUGUGUAUGGGGAAAAAAACCUUUUUAUAUGUGGGGAAAAAAAUCAAACAAACAUAAAACACAAAUUUAACUACAAUAAUUGGCAGUUAAAUGGCUACAUAAAGUGUCAAAGUAACCUUAGGUAAAUAGCCUGCGAUGUCUACUUUAUAUAAAUAUGUACUUUUGUCUGGCAAUUUUGUUUUCUGUAUUGGCUAAUAAUAUUAAAAGGCAAACAUAUAAAAUUCUAAAAUCACUCCAUAUUGAAAUUGUAUUUUGUAAGCUGUAAUUAUCAGAAAUAAACUGAAAUCCUAGACAUAUUAUGUACUCUGUAAACCAGAACAACUACAUUAAUUUAUUUUGAAUCACUUUUCUUAUGCUGUGCUAAAUAUGCACAAAAUAUUAUUGCCAGAACUGUGGGGAAAAAAAAAUUUCUUCCCUUUUUUUUCUUUAUAAAUGAGGAUUUCUAUAUGUAUAUGUUUCAGCAAAUGAAAGUAGUUUUUCCCUUAAAAAAAGUAUAUAAAUGUGUAAAUAAAUAAGUUUAAAAAAGUGUAAUAAAUGAGAGAGAUGAAUACUCACAUAGCUAAAAUUACAAAAUUGCUUUGGUUCUUAAAAUUAACACUUUAGUGUUAAGAAUACAAAGCUGUAUUCAAUAUAAUGAAGUGGUCUGGGUGCCUAUAGUGUCACUUUAAGUGAAAGACAAGCAUCUGAAGCUUUGUAUUUAAAGGACCACUAUAGUGCCAGGAAAACAUACUCGGGCUCCCUCGGCGCUGGGGACUCUCCUCCUCCUUUUCGCCGUCAUCGGCUGAAUGCGCAUGCGCGGCAAGAGCCACGCGUGCAUUCAGCCAGUUCAUAGGAAAGCAUUCUCAAUGCUUGGCUAUGGACGCUGGCAUCUUCUCACUGUGAAAAUCACAGUGAGAAGCGCGGAAGCAUCUCUAGCGGCUGUCAAUGAGACAGCCACUAGAGGCUGGAUUAACCCAUAUGUAAACAUAGCAGUUUCCCUGAAACUGCUAUGUUUACAGCAGAAAGGGUUAAUCCUAGAUGGACCUCGCACCCAGACUACUUUAUUAAGCUGAAGUGGUCUGGGUGCCUAUAGUGUUCCUUUAAGGGGUUAAUGUCAAUAAAGAGCCUCUGUGUGGGGUCAGAGUGGAGGUUUUAACACUAUGCAUAGUAUACACAGUAGUAUGAGCACAGUUUUUCUCUCUCUCUCUCUCUUGCGUAUCAGCUGACUCUCGUUGUCUCUUGCAGAGGUCACAGUAGUGGUUGCAUACCAUGGCGUCUGACUCUAGCAAAUUGGAAGAUGCCAUUGAACUACUGGUGCGCAAUUUCUAUAAACACGCCGGAGGAAAUGACAAGAUGAACAAGGAGGAAUUCCGAAAGAUUAUCACGCAGGACCUUCACCACAUCCUCACGGUGAGAGAAAGAUGAAAUCCCCUCAUUACCAGGAUGGUUGUCACCAUUUUAAAAUUCUAACAAGCACAUCACUUCUCUAUGGGGGUGGCUAGUGCAUGAAAAGUACUGCCUUGUAGUAUGCAGCAUUUAUACUGCAGGUAUGAACUCAAUCACCAACUCUGGAAUAUCCUUUAGGAUUCCUUCUUUAUUAAUCAGCUAUUUCUCUGCAGCAUAUUAUGAAUUCUGUAUACUGCAAUGCAACAAUAUUCACAUAUUGUCCCCCAGGAUGUAGAAGUGUUAUAUGUGCAGGGAAAAUUAGGAACCUGAAAAGCAGGGAAGUAGGUGUAGUGCCUAGCAUGUCCUCAAAAAUAUAUGUGAAAGUAGAAGAGACCAGUAAUAGUGUAUUACGUAAAACGUAAUAAAAGAAUAAAAGCAGUUCACUCACACUUUCCAGGAGCUUAGGUUUAGCUCUAACUUAAAGGCUUGGGCACAACGAUCCCCACCUAAGGAUAUGUGGUCCAGAAUCCGCGGUCAAUCCUCUUGAUGUUGGGUAUGUGGAGGAAAAUCAAGAUAAUAUAGUGUAGUAUGUACAGUAAGAUAGCAGCAAUACAGUAGUUUAAAAAUGUGUACUCACAUAUUUUGGAGCCUGAACAGUGGCUCCACAGGUAUUGCGUGAAGUGGUAUGAAACUCACUCUAGGAUAUAGGUGACAUAGAUAUAUCUCCACAUAUAAAUCUCCACAUAUAAAACCACAAUAGUGUGCACUUUAAAAAAAUUAAUACAGAGUUGAAAUUAUGAAAACGUACUCACAUUUAAUAGAGCAAAAUACGGUUUGCUCAGUCCAAUGGGCGUGGGUGGUUUCUUAUCCCCACCAAGGAUAUAUACAUGAUCUGAUAUCCAGCAGCAUUCAACACUUUCCAGUAAAAAGUGCUUUUAUUUAUAAAAUUAAAGAAUAAAACAGUAGAAAGUAAAAUAAACAGUAUAAAAUCAUAAUCUGCUACACUUAACGUGUUUCAACAGUUAAUGGCUUUAUCUAAAGCGCUUUAGACUUUAAUCCUUUGACAUUGAUUGACUUAGAGCAAGGGGCUAACCCAACCACCUACCAGCAAAUCAGUAUCUGAAUGGCAAAAAUUAGGCUCAAGCUUCCACUGUUAAAUUAUUCCAAAAAAGCUAUUGGGGUAAAAUAUUGCUAUUUGAAUUUUAACCCACUGUGAUUAAAUUAUAUUCAGCAUGCCUGCUAGGGAUAAAGAUGUAUAGCAUAUAGAAGUGUCUUUCAGGAGUAAUAACAAAGUAUAUCAGCUGCUAUUGCCAAAGUACAACUCCCUUAUUUGUCAUACAUUGAACACAGAGGCAUGUUAAUAAAAUGAAUGCACAGAAAAAUUAAAAAUUAAAGAGACAUACAUCAUUAAAUAUUUUUUUAAAACAAGCAAGCAAAUAUUUUAAACAAAUAAACAAAUCAAGACAAAAUUUGAAAAAAUUUAAUAAAUGUUUAUAACCUUACUAUAAACUUGGUCAGAUUGUAUUAUGAGGCUUCCCUCUCACGGAGGGGAGUUUCUUCAGCUCCCCCCUCUUUCCCACCCAUCUCAGUUUUAGAUUAGUCCACUAAUGGCAGAAAUAUGGCAUAUUUGUUCAGCAGUAGAAAACACCAGACACCAGAGCCUGAUCUGCAUGAACACACUUAUCUUACUCCAUAUGUUCCCCACCAGUGUCAGGCUGUUUCAAGGUGAAGAGAUCCUCCAACUGUCAGCCAUGCCCAAUGCACUUUUCAAGGAUUCCUAGGGAUAGGACACUGAUUGGUUAGAUCAGUGCCAAUCCUGGAGUGAGUGUGAAAGGCAUAAAGGAGAAGCAUGUAUAUUUGGCUUGUUGUUUUUUUCAGCCUGCAGAGUGAGGCAAUUGUCUUGUUCAAAGCUAAUGAUUACUAAUGAGGCAGUUGUCUCAAAGUGAUGUAUAUCCCUUUAACAAUAAAUACAAAUUGUUUUCCUUUUUAAAAAGCACAACAUGCAUUUUUCAAACCAAAAUAACUGUUUUUUAAUGGUUACUACACCUUGAUCUAUCAGUCUGACAAUACUUCCUUCAUACAGUAUACUGAGAACAAGGAAGCUGUCGACAAACUCAUCAAGUCUGUGGACAAAGACAAGGACAAGAAGAUCAGUUUUGAUGAGUACUGGACUCUGAUUGGAACGAUUGCCAAGAUGCUGAGCCAACAUAUGGCAAUGCAGUGUCAAAAAUGACACUAAAGAACGAUGAACUUUGCAGUCCUCCAUCAAACUGAGCAGGACGCUCCACAUAGAUCAUGGGAUCCCAAAUCUGAGGCUACAGUAUUUUGGUUUCCAAUCCAGUUGGGUUAGGUUAAAAUGUUCACUUUCAUUGUUUACACAAACUUCACUUUGGAUAUAUGUUACUAGAGCCAAGGAACAAGUCCAUGAAGAUCUCCUCCUAUUCUUGACCUUGUUAUGCUGAAUGAUCAAGUUUCCUAUCGACUCCUAAUAAGGCUUCUUGUUUUAUUAUCACUAUUAUACUUCUAAUUUGUAAGGCACAUUACAGCCGAUACAUAAUAGUGUACGGGUGGAAUAUAUACGCACUGGUGAUCAGAUCUUGUAAUUUGCAAUCUUAAUAAAAAGUACACAUGUUAUAA